AUGUCGACACAAAUACCGACUCCAGGAAUCUUAUCCAAUUCUCUUGCAACGGUAGCGCAAAUUGCCACCUCUUCAUCUUCCAUAGAUGGCGUUCCCGCAGAUCUAGAGUCAUCGAUUCGGUAUGCGGCGGUGAGAUUGACCCAGGCGGCUGGGGUGUUGCUUCGCCUACCGCAGGAUAUUAUCGCGCAGGCAAUUGUGCUAUAUACUAGAUUUUGGAUGGGCUCAGAGGGAGGAAGCUUAGUAUUCUAUGGGGCGAAGGAUAUCUCUGCUGCUUCUAUCUAUAUCGCUGCCAAACUUUCAUUUACACCUGUGUCUCCUCGAUCAGUUAUCAAUGUUUACGCAUUCUUGCUAUCUCCCGAAUCCUCGCCCCUGGCGUUCGUAAACCUCUCUCAGCCCGCCACUAAUGAGAACCCAAAAAGCUACUGGGUUUCAGAGGGCACUUACCAGUCUGAACGUAUCUCACUCACGGAGAUGGAGUCCACCAUUCUUCGCACUCUCGGCUUUGACACGCAUGUCGCCAUUCCCCACUCGAUUGCUCUUACAUACCUUCAAACCCUAGGCGCUGCGACGCCUGAUGUUGCGAAGCGGACCAUUGAACAUCUCAACGCUGCUUUGUUUUCUCCGCAGCUUCUCUACGUGACACACCAGCCAAAUGCACUUGCCGUGGCAGCUAUCUACCUUGCUGCGAGAGAAGUAGGAGUGAAGCUCGCGGACUGUGAAUGGUGGGAGGUGUUUGAUGUGGAUAGAGAGGAAUUGGGCUUCCUCGUGGUGGCCAUGCGAAGCAUUAAAGGGUUUGUGGAAGCCGAAGCCGAGAAAUGGAAGGAUAGGGUAGUGCCGUUGACAGCAGCGGAUGUGAAACGAGAAUUGCAGAGAAGGCCAAUAACCGAGGCAGUCGAAUAA